GUAGAAUCACUUUCCUCUAACGGUGAGAAUUUCUUAUCACAUUUGAGUUGGAGAAAAUUGCACUAGUUAUAAGAUAUUGCAUCUGUUAUAAUAAGAGUAACCUGCUGCUUAAUCUAAUAUUUUUGUUCUUCUAAUAUCAACUCGAGAUUGUUUAAGCUUAUUUGACUGCAAUCUCUCAUAACUGGAAAGAAAGAAUAAUUUGAGAAGUUCGAGCACUGAGUUUCAAUAAAUUAAACUCGACUCACUUCCAGAUUAGUUAUUGGCUAUACCCGUCCUUAUAUCAAUAUUCAGAGGAUCCAUUACAGUUAGACUAUGGCACCCCAUCAAUGGAUUAUGGCACUUGAUAAGAAAGAGUAAUAUAAGAUAUCCCUAUUGCAAUAUUCAGAGGAUUCCUAAUAGUGAGACUAUGUCACCCCUGUCAAGUGGAAUAUGGCACUUGAUAAACCUGCGUGUUGACUGUAUUCAUUUGUGUUUUUUUAAAUAAAGGUCAGGUGUUUUGUUUUAAUAGAAUUGUAUUUUUUUUUUUGUUUCUGGUAAAUCAAGUGACUAGGAGUUCACUACACAAAAUAGACCCUUGUGGUCUCCGACCCUGUGCAUAGCGGGAGCUUGAUGCAAUGGGAUGCACCUUUUUUUGGGUUUCGCUUUUGGUGUAAAGAGGCCCUUUGCAGAUGUAGAUUCUGUAAUUGACAUUAUUGGGUCACUGUAACCAGUCCAGGAAUAGGUUUUCCAUUUUUUAGGGUUCCCGUGACUAUGUUUCAUUUAGCAUAGUCUUUGUGCUGAGGGAUACUCUUUUGAUAUAUAACACAUUACCUUCUUCUGGGAAAAAAAGUUAGCAGCUCAGUCAUCGAGAAGUACAUGCCGAUCCUUUUAAAUACUCCUAAAUGUUCACUAUGUAGCAGAAGAAUCACUGAACAUCACUCGAUGUUGGUCCAAAUGGUCGUCCAUUAUUCACUUCCGCAACUUCUAUUUCCGAGCUUACGAAAAAAGAUACAUGAAAUUCAGGAGGGAAGAGCUGUAGAGCGUUUUGCCGGAGGGAUUACCAACGGAGAUGCUUAAGGAAUUCAAUGACUCUAUGAGAGAUGAAUUGCUAAUAUGCCAGAGUUUUAUGGAUCUUCGAGAUAAUUUUAGAAGGGUUGUUGAUCCUACUUUGCAAUCUAAUGCUAAAGCCAGCUCCCUCUAUAUGGCAUACACUCUACAACUGGCGCAACUUUUUUUUUACUGGAUGCAUGUCAUUCUUGCCUCGAACUGUGGUACAGUCGUGGAACUUGGAAUUACUCCAAUCGUGACUUCUGGAAUAGUGAUGCAAUUGUUAGCUGGAUCAAAAAUCAUUCAAGUGGACAACAAUGUCCGUGAGGACCGAGCACUCCUUUGUGUUGGAGUAGAAGAAAAUGGCAACCUUAGUUGCGAAACAAGGGCCAUUGAGCAGUCAGAAUCAACACACACCAAGAAUGAGAAAUCAGUCUACGGUUUUUAGGAAGAGAAACUUUGUCCUAAAUCGUGAUGAAGAAAAACUUGAAAAGCACAAUGCAGCAUCGCUGCCCGAUGUUACAGAGUCACCUAAUUAAAAACAAAAGCUUUGUUCUGAAUCUGGUGUCCCCCGUGGCAAAAGAACUAUGUCAGAGCACGUGAAUAUUGCAAUCAGGAAGGAGGAAGCACUUUUAUUGGGCGGAUCGGCAGAGAAAAUUAAAACAGCAGAAAAGCCAAAGAGGAACGUGAUUAAAUCACAUCUGAGAACAAAGACAGUAGCUAACCGAACAAUGACUGUAAAGGAAUCUGAAGGCUCACAUUGAAGAAUCACCUCAAAGGGGCAACAUCGUUCAGCAGAGAAGAAAUUAAGUUCUAAAAUUUGGGAUGAAAUGGUGAGUAAUGAUGAAGAAUAGGAGAGUGAAGAGGAAGAGGAUGAAGAGUAUUAACAAAAUUUCAGAUGCCACUGAAGGAAGCGUUGAAUAGGUUGAGAACUUCCACCAACGGAAAAGUUCUUAGAAAUGGACGUAUGAGAACUACAGGGAAUGACGAAGAGAAAGACGAGCCUUCCCAGUGGUGCAGGGACAGGCUCAAACUAUCUACCUCCACAAAAAACAUUCUUCUGAGUGGAAAUUCGCAGAUUAAAAGGAUGCCUGAUAAAGUAAAUCUACAACAACGCCCAGGAACUUCAAGCAAGAAGAUGAUUCAUAAAGGAGAUAAUACAAUGAACAAGGUGGAAUUUCGAAGUGAAGAAAAGCGGGAUGUUUGCAAGAAAAAAACAAGUUUGUCUAAGGUUGGAAAGAAAAUGCCAGGGACUCGUGAAAUUUGAGGCUCAGAGAAUAAAAGGCGGGUGCCUGCUAUAUUAAAUGAACAAUGUCUAGGAACGUCAAGCAAGAAGAAGAUUCCUCAAGGAGAGAGUACAAUGGAUAAGGUGGAUGAAAGUGAAGACAAGUGGAGUAUGUACAAGGAAAAGCCAAGUUUGUCCAAGGAUGCAGAGAAUAGAAGGACAUCUGUACGACGUGCUACUGGUUCAUUCAAGAGAUACAGAGAUUACUAUGUUGGUGAGUGGGAAGAUGAUACUGAUGAUUAUGAGGUUUUCCCACUAAGUGAUGGACAUCAUAUACCCAGUAACACAAGAAGCCAGGGAGCUGAUGUUUCACCUGAGUUGAAACCCAAAAAUAGUCCAAAAGAUGCAAUAAAAAUUUCAGGGAAGUUAUCUGCUUGUAGUUCAUUGCCUUCCUGGGCGCCUGCUAAAUUAAAUGGAGAACAGUGUCUAGGAACGUCAAGCAAGAAGAAGAGUCCUCGAGCAAAUAGUACAAUGGAUAAAGUGGAUAACAGUGAAGACGAGUGGAAUGUGUGCAAUGAAAAAUCAAGUUUGUCCAACGAUGGAAAAAAGAAGCAGAGAAUUUAUGAAAAAGAUGCAGAGAAUAAAAGGACAUCUGUAAGACAUGCUGCUGCAUCACUCAAGAGAUACGAUCAUAAUUACUUUGUUGGUGAGUGGGAAGAUGAUUCUGAGUAUGAGGUUUUGCCAAUUAGCGAUCAAGUUACACAAGAAGCCAGAGAAGUGAAGUUUCACAUGAGUCAAAACUAAAAGAUAGUCCGAAAGAUUCAAUAAAUAAUUCAGGGAAGUUAUCUGCUUGUAGUUCAUUGCCUUCCACAUCAUCGUUCUCCGGUUCCACAACUUCAAGAAAUGGAAUAGAUGGAUCUAAAAACAUGAAGGUAAAUUGUCUGGCAGUAAAUUGUCAUCAAUGUAGAAGAAGUGAUAGAAGAACUGUAGUUCCUUGUACGAAGUGUAAAGAGAAAUUUUACUGUAUCAAGUGCAUCAGAGAAUGGUAUCCUGAAUUGGAAGAAGAGGAAGUCUCAGAGCUUUGUCCAUGUUGUCAUGGAAAAUGUAACUGCAACUUGUGCUUACACUCAAGUGGCAUGCUAAAGACAUCAAGAAGGGAUCUAACUGAUCGUGAAAAGAUUGAGCAUUUGCACUAUUUGAUUAUCACGCUCCUUCCCUUUCUAAAAGAAAUCCAUCACGAACAAAUUCAAGUGAUAGAACCGGAGUCUUGUAUUCGUGUUUUUAUCACAGGGCUAUCUUCAUCUUCAGUUGAAAUUAAACGAUCACUUUGUCACAAUGAUGAGCGAGUUUACUGCAACAACUGCUCAACUUCAAUAGUCGAUCUUCAUCGGAGCUGCCCAGAUUUUGAUCAUAUGAGCUAUAUCUAAGCUGAUGCCAAGAGUUUCGCCAGGAAAGAGUUGUAAAGCAGUUUAGAAAUAUUCAGAUAGAGGUUGUUAUUACAUGCACGGUGGAGAGCCACUUCCUGAAAGUUUUCAUAAUAUGGAAAUUCCACAGGACCAGAACAAACCAAUUUCUUGGGUUGCUAAUUGUGAUGGUUAUAUCAUUUGUGCUCCUGUCGAAAUGGGCGGAUGUGGAAAAUACAUUUUAGAGCUCCAGCAUCUGCUACCAAGAAACUGGACAUCAACCUUGAAAGCAAAAGCAGAAAGGAUUCUGAUUCAAUGCAAUUUUUGUUGGGUUCGAAAUCGAGAAGGGGUCAUGCGGAAGCUAUUAGUUGCAAACUAUGAGAUGGUAAAUAAGAUGAUAUCGAAAAACAAUACUAAAAAUAUAAUUUUAUUAUAUGAUUUGACCAAUUGGCCUACAUAUAAAAUCUAAUAUUAAAAAACAUAAAACUAAUUGAGAGAGGAAAUCUCCCCAUAGACUCUUUAAAGAAGAAAUCUCCCCAUAGACUCUUUAAAGACUACAUUGUGGAUGUUAUUGUGUUAUAGUAUGAAAAAGAGGUCUUCUAUUUAUA